AUGGGCCUCUUUCGCAAGGAACUCUUGUAUGCUGUAAUUAUUCAAUUCACAUCAUUCUCAUUCGGUUUUAUCUUAGCUAUUGCAUCUCCAGCUGCAGAUUGGUAUAAGGAAAAUUGGAACAUCAGUGAUACACUUAUCACAUACUAUCAGUCACUUCCAUCUGCAACUGCUAUUGCUGGUACAUACGUUCUUGCCGCUUUAUUCCACUUCUUUGGACGAAAUAUGACAACAACAAUUGUCAACAUUUUCACAAUUCUCACAUGGGUUAUGCUCUUGUUCGUUACCAAGACCACAUUCUGGCUUGCUCUUGUUGCAAGAGUUAUGCAGGGUAUCUCAAUGGGUGUUUCAUCAGCUUUAGCUCCAUUGCACCUUUCUGAAAUUGCUCCAGAAGAUUCUAAGGGCUUCUAUGCAUCAAUCAACACAGCCUCCAUCACAUUGGCCAUCAUUAUCUUCUUCUGCUGUGCUGAAUUCUUGAAACCAAACGAACUCAACUAUAUUGCCAUUGCUGUUCAUGCCUUACAGACCUUCACAAUUUGGUUUGUUCCAGAAACAAAGCCAAAGGAAGAAAAGCACGAAGAUCAGACUGUCAAGGAAUCCAUUUGCCAGCCACAGUACAUCAAGCUUGUCUGUGUUGCUAUCUCCAUCAUGUUCAUCCAGCAGUUCUCUGGUCCAAACGCUAUCACAGUCAACUUCUUCCAGGUUUUGAAGAAGGCCAAGCUCUCAAUCAAGGAAGGUUUCGCUGCUUCCAUCAUCAUGACAACACAGAUCUUAUCCACAAUCUUCUUAUCUGGCUACGUCGACAAGUUCGGCAGAAAGAUCUUGUGGAUCAUCUCCUGCAUGUCUGUUGGCAUUACACUCGGCCUCUUCGGUCUCAGCCUUCAGUUGAACUGGAACCCAUUCAUUGGCAUUGUUGACCUUUGCAUCUUCCAGAUCGCUUUCGGCUUAGGUUUAGGCCCAAUGCCCUGGUACUUAGGCCCACAGAUGCUCCCACCACAGUUCGGUGGCACAAUUGCAUCUAUCUGCACAUCUACAAACUGGCUCUUCUCCUUCGCUAUCAUCCAAUUGUACAGCCCAAUGGAGAAGUUCAUCAAGACAUGCGGAUGCUUCUACUUCUUUGCAGGAAUCGCUAUUGUCGGUGGUAUUUACGGAUACUUCUUCAUCAAGGACAACAAGGAUUCUUCCAAAUACGAAGAAAUUUAA